AACAAGAUACUGCAGGAAUAAAUGCCUUACAUGAUCACUCAGUGGUGUAAUGCGUGAACACCUCCCAGCGGGGUCUGCCGUUGAAUCAAUAACACCAUUCUGUUCCUUGUGCGGUUCUCUCGCAUGCCCACCACGUGAGCUGAAAAAACUGUAAGUGUCUGUCUCUACACCAUUCCCACGCUGCCGACCCACCCUGUCUACCCCAGCCUGCAUUGCCCCCCCACCCCCAGCUAAACACCCUCAACCAGCCUGGGCCGUUCCCAUUACACCACGAGGGGACAUGUAAGGCCGAGCGUGUGCAAAACAAAGGACUGUGUAGAGGCCGAUCCUGAGGGAGACGUUUGCCCUCUGUUCUUUUUUCGCCCUGCCUCAGCUUCACUCCGGUAGCUACUACCCUCAGGAAGGCUGGCGAUACUCCCAUACCCACAACGCCAUCCUCGGCCCCUUUGGGGAACUCAUGACCGAGGAGGACAUCCUCCGCAUCGAGAAGCAAAUCGAGAACCUCCAAGUGAUGCACAAAGUUCAGAAAGUGGAGACGGAGCUGGAGCAGCUGGAGACCGAGCUGCAGCAAUUGCUGCCUGUCUCCGCCGCCUUGGCCAACGAGCAUUUCACCAUCAAUCCCAAGCGCAUGCAGGGCCGAGCCGAUGACCUCCCAGCCUGGUGCAGCAAGAUCUCGACUCUCCUGAAGAGUAUGGCCAUCCUCCUGGCCACGCUGGGAGGCAAAGCCACUAGCCUGGCUGACAUGGUGACGCCAGAAGGGCUGGAGCAGGCGGACAACGCCGUAGAGGCCUCACAGCGGGCCUCGCCUCCCUUGAAAGAUGGCCCGGCCAACAUCGCCCGCUCCCAGUCCUUCAGCUGCACCCGAGAGGAAGUGGAGAAAGAGAUCAUGCAGUGGGGAGUGUCCGUGAAGAACCUUAAGGCCAACUACGAGUUGCACAUUCAGUCCCAGUUACCCAACACCACGUCUAGCCGAGUGUACAAACGGAAGCGAUCUCUUCCGUGGGAACCGCACCAUUUGCGUAUAGCCGAGAACCCAUCUUGGAAGAAGACUACAUCAGUGGCAUUGAGGGGUUUGGUGUGCUGGGGGAGGACAUCCCUGCCCUUGGCAUGGAGCCGCCCAUUCAGCUCUCCCACGCCCCAUUACUAUAUGGGGAAGUAGGGCCUCUCUUCCCCACACAGGGGAAUGCUCAGUGUGCAGGAGGAGAUCCCUUUGGGGAAGCUUUGUUCAGUCCGGACCACAUGACCAGGAGUCUCCCGGUGCAGACCGAACUGAGCUGUGUCCAAGACUAUAUCGACAUGCGAAAGGAGAGGAUUGUCUACCUUUUCCUGGAGCACUGGAAGAAGUGGACCUUCACUGAAUCGGACAAGCAAGCAACCCCCAAGAGGAAGAUGGCUGCCACUCUGAGCGUCGAUUCAGUCGAGGACCACAAAACGUACAACGGCGUGGACGAUAUCCUGUCGAUCGAGUUGGGCAAGAAGCCCAGUGACGAUGACCGGCUCUUGUAUUUCAUGAAGCAACGGCAAGUGGUGGGGAAGCUGAUCGCGCACUGGAGAAACAUCAUCAGCCAGGUGCCCACCAGGCAAAUCCGACGCCUGAGCCGCACCAACAUGCUCUACUGGCCCGAGCAUUUCCUGCCCCAUGUCAGUGGCACACCGGUGGAGUACGACAGCCUCACCCUCGACCUCUUCAUGCUGGGCUACUUCCAGCUGCUGGAAAUGAGCAUGACCCGGGAAGAGCGCAAGUUCCGCCACCUCCUCUGCUACGAAAUGUUUGACCGGCUGGGUAGCCACAGCUGGGAGCUCAUCCGUCAGUUCCACAAGGUGGUGAUGCAGGAGAUCGAGGCUGGCAAGAGGGAUUGGCUGGACGGCUUUGAGGACCUCAAGCAGGAGUUCUUUGGGGACAACUUGCAACCUGACGGUGCAGCCGUGGUGGAAGCAGAGGCGCCAGCAGAGGCGUGCCACCCUCCUGUCCUCUGCCACCAGGAAUCGUCUCAGACCUUGAUCAGCAGCAACCAAGAACCUGCCAGCACUACUGUAGAUGAACUGGCCCCAACCCCGGCCCCUAAAAGUAGGAAGAGCUCUGUCCAGCUGGUUUCAGAGGUCGGGGAAUUCAGCAACGAAGACAUUUGCCGCUACAUAGACCGUAGCUUCUCCUUUUGGAAGGAGAAGGAGGCGGAGAUGUUUGACAUCUGAGGGUUCCCCUUGGGUGGGUCGAG